AAGCCGCCAGCUCCUGGGAGCCAUACCAACUCCCUUCCUACCGCUGAGCUAACGCAAGAACAGGCAGCGUCUGGUUUCGCGGCAGCCGCUCGGGAAGGCCCUGGUGAGGCCUCCAUGGAGAGGUUCCUGGCCCAGUUGUGCGGCACCAGCGCGCUGCAGCCGCUCCCGGUGUGGGAGGGGGACACCAGCGGCCACUGCUUCACCCAGCUGGUGCUCAGCGCCGUGCCCCACGCGCUUCUCGCCGUGCUCAGUGCCUGCCACUGGGGCAACCCGAGGAACCCAGAUUACAUCUCACACUGCAGUCCUGGCUGGCGCCUCCGACUUGCAGCCUCCUUCCUGCUCUCCGUCUUCCCACUGCUCGACCUCCUUCCAGUCGUUCUGCCACCAGGGGCAGGCCCAGGGCCCAUAGGGCUAGAGGUGCUGGCAGGGGGCGUGGCGGCUGUGGCCUGGAUCAGCCACAGCCUGGCCCUGUGGGUGUUGGCUUAUUCCCCUCAUGGCCGCUCCCGGGGGCCCUUGGCCUUGGCUCUGGCUGCCUUCCUGCCAGCCCCAGCCCUAGUGCUGACCCUGCUAUGGCACUGCCAGCGAGACACACUUCUGCCCCCGCUUCUCCCAGGGCCCCUCUCCCGCCUGUGCCUCCUCAUCCUGCAGCUGGCUGCACUCUUAGCCUAUGGACUGGGCUGGGCAGUCCCUGGGUGGCCACGGGAACCCUGGGCCCAGGUGCCCCUCGUCUCUGAGGGACAGGAACCCGAGGUAGCUGAAGAUGGGGAGAGCUGGCUGUCACGCUUUUCCUAUGCCUGGCUGGCACCGUUGCUGGCCCGAGGCGCCCAUGGAGAACUCCGGCAGCCUCAGGACACUUGCCGCCUCCCCCACAGGCUGCACCCAACCUACCUAGCUCGUGUCUUCCAAGCACACUGGCAGGAGGGAGCCCGGCUGUGGAGGGCCCUCUAUGGGGCCUUUGGGCAGUGCUACCUGGCACUUGGACUGCUGAAGCUGGUGGGGACCAUGCUGGGAUUCUCAGGGCCCUUGCUGCUGUCCCUACUGGUGGGCUUCCUGGAGGAGGGGCAGGAGCCACUAAGCAAUGGCCUGCUCUAUGCCCUGGGGCUAGCCGGUGGAGCCGUUCUGGGUGCUGUGCUGCAGAAUCAGUAUGGGUAUGAGGUACGGAAGGUGACACUUCAGGCACGGGGGGCUGUGCUGAACAUCCUGUACCGAAAGGCUUUACAGCUGGGGCCCAGACGCCCUCCCACCGGGGAGGUCCUGAACCUACUGGGCACUGACUCUGAGCGGCUGCUCAACUUUGCCGGGAGCUUCCAUGAGGCCUGGGGCCUACCCCUGCAGCUGGCCAUCACCCUCUACCUGCUGCACCAGCAGGUGGGUGUGGCCUUUGUGGGUGGUCUGAUCUUGGCCCUGCUGCUGGUACCUGUCAACAAAGUGAUUGCCACCCGCAUCAUGGCCAGCAACCAGGAGAUGCUACAGCACAAGGAUGCGCGGGUUAAGCUCGUGACAGAGCUGCUGCAUGGCAUUCGUGUCAUCAAGUUCUUCGGGUGGGAGCAGGCGCUGGGGGCCCGCGUGGAGGCCUGCCGAGCUCGGGAGCUGGGGCGACUCCGGGUCAUCAAGUACCUGGAUGCGGCCUGUGUGUACCUGUGGGCUGCCCUGCCGGUUGUCAUCUCCAUUGUCAUCUUCAUCACCUAUGUCCUCAUGGGGCACCAGCUCACCGCCACCAAGGUGUUCACAGCCCUGGCACUGGUGCGCAUGCUCAUUCUUCCCCUCAACAACUUCCCUUGGGUGAUCAACGGCCUCCUGGAGGCCAAAGUGUCCCUGGACCGGAUCCAGCGUUUCCUCGACCUUCCCAACCACAACCCCCAGGCCUACUACAGCCCAGAUCCCCCAACAGAGCCAUCCACAGCCUUGGAGCUACAUGAAGCCCUGUUCUCCUGGGACCCAGUUGGAACCAGCCAGGAGACCUUCAUCAGUCACCUUGAAGUGAAGAAGGGUAUGCUGGUGGGCAUCGUGGGGACGGUGGGCUGCGGGAAGAGCUCGCUGCUGGCCGCCAUCGCGGGGGAGCUGCACAGGCUGCGUGGGCGAGUGGCAGUGUGGGGGCUGUCCAAUGGCUUUGGCCUGGCCACCCAGGAGCCCUGGAUCCAGUUUGCCACCAUCCGAGACAACAUCCUCUUUGGGAAGGCAUUUGAUGCCCGGCUCUACAAGGAAGUGCUGGAGGCCUGCGCCCUCAACGAUGACCUCAGUAUCCUGCCUGCUGGGGACCAGACAGAGGUGGGGGAGAAGGGCGUGACCCUCAGCGGGGGACAGCGGGCCCGGAUUGCCCUUGCUCGUGCUGUCUACCAGGAAAAGGAGCUCUAUCUCCUCGAUGACCCUCUGGCCGCCGUGGAUGCAGACGUGGCCAACCAGCUGCUGCACAGGUGCAUCCUGGGAGUGCUGAGCCACGCCACGCGGCUGCUGUGCACCCACCGCACCGAGUACCUGGAGAGAGCUGACGUGGUGCUGCUGUUGGAAGCCGGGUGCCUCGUCCAGGCCGGGCCCCCCUCUGAGAUCCUGCCAUUGGUACAAGCUGCCCCCAAAGCCUGGGCUGAGGAUGGACAAGAGUCUGACGCAGCCACAGCCCAGUGUGUACAGAACCCAGAGAAAACAAAGGAGGGGCUGGAGGUGGAGGAGAGCACGUCUGGCCGCCUGCUGCAGGAAGAAAGCAAGAAGGAGGGCGCCGUGGCCUUCCACGUGUACCGAGCAUACUGGAGGGCUGUGGGCUGGGGCCUGGCCCUCGCCAUCCUCUUCUCUCUGCUCCUCAUGCAAGCAACCAGGAACGCGGCUGACUGGUGGCUGUCCCACUGGAUCACUCAGCUGAAGGCAGCCAAGAAUAGCUCCCAGGAGGCGCCAGCCCCCAGCAGCCUGGCCUCCGCAGGGCCGCUCUCUGCCCAGCUGCUCCUCUUCUCCCCGGGAAGCCUGUACCCCCUCCCCACCACCCAGCACUUCAGUGUCCCCACUGCCCAAAGCUGCCCCCAAUGGCUCCUCAGACAUCCGUUUCUACCUCACCGUGUACGCGACCAUUGCUGGUGUCAACUCCCUCUGCACCCUCCUCCGAGCAGUGCUCUUUGCGGCGGGCACCCUCCGAGCGGCCGCCACCCUGCAUCGCCGCCUGCUGAGUCAAGUCCUCAUGGGCCUCAUUAUAACCCUGUGAGCCCAUCUUCCCUGGGGGCUGCCUCCAUGGCUUUUCUGCCGGCCUCUGCCCUGGCCCACCCACACCCCUGCUCUCAGGCACCGGUGACUUUUUUCGACUCCACACCCACGGGCCGGGUCCUCAACCGCUUCUCCUCCGACGUGGCCUGUGCGGAUGACAGCCUGCCCUUCAUCCUCAACAUCCUCCUGGCCAACAUGGCAGGCCUGCUGGGCCUGCUGGCUGUGCUGGGCUCCAGCCUGCGCUGGCUGCUGCUGCUGCUGCCGCCCUUGAGCCUCAUCUACUACCGCGUGCAGCGCCGCUACAGGGCCUCCUCGCGGGAGCUGCGGCGCCUGGGCAGCCUCACCCUGUCUCCGCUCUACACGCACCUGGCCGACACCUUGGCCGGCCUCCCCGUGCUCCGGGCCGCCGGGGCCACCUGCAGGUUUGAGGAGGAGAACCAGAGACUCCUGGAGCUGAACCAGAGGUGCCAGUUUGCUGCCAGUGCCACGAUGCAGUGGCUGGACAUUCGGCUGCAGCUCAUGGGGGCCGCAGUGGUUAGCGCCAUCGCGGGCAUCGCCCUGGUGCAGCACCAGCAGGGCCUCGCCAACCCAGGACUGGUGGGCCUGUCACUGUCCUACGCCCUGUCGCUGACGGGCCUGCUCUCCGGCCUGGUGAGCAGCUUCACGCAGACAGAAGCGAUGCUGGUGAGCGUCGAGCGGCUGGAGGAGUACUCCUGUGAGCUGCCCCAGGAGCCCCAGGGCCAGUGGCCACAGCUGGGCAUCGGCUGGCUGAGCCAGGGGAGCGUGGAGUUCCAGGAUGUGGUGUUGGUGUACCGGCCCGGGCUGCCCAAUGCCCUGGAUGGGGUGACAUUCCGCGUGCAGCCUGGGGAGAAGCUGGGCAUCGUGGGCCGCACGGGCUCCGGCAAGUCUUCCCUGCUGUUGGUGCUCUUCCGGUUGCUGGAGCCCAGUUCCGGGCGAGUGCUGCUGGAUGGCGUGGACACCAGCCAGCUGGAGCUGGCUGAGCUCAGAUCCCAGCUGGCUGUCAUCCCCCAGGAGCCCUUUUUGUUCAGUGGGACUGUUCGGGAAAACCUGGAUCCCCGGGGUCUCUGUGAGGACAGGGCCCUGUGGCAGGCCCUGGAGCAGUGCCACCUGAGUGAGGUGAUCGUAUCUGUGGAUCUUGUGUAUCGACGAGGCAACAGCAAGCGUGGACCAGAAGACAGACCAGCUGCUCCAGCAGACCAUCUGCAAACGCUUUGCCAACAAGACAGUGUUGACCAUCGCCCACAGGCUCAACACGAUCCUGAACGCGGACCGGGUGCUCGUGCUGCAGGCCGGGAGGGUGGUGGAACUGGACUCCCCCGCUGCCCUGCGCAGCCGGCCCCACUCGCUGUUCCAGCAGCUGCUGCAGAGCAGCCAGCAGGGAGCCCGCUCCUCUCCCUGAGGGCCCUGAGCCCCCGCCCCCCAGGGCCUCCCUCUGUCCUACCCACUACUGGGCGGCCCAGGCCUGCUGCUUGUUUACACUCCUCUGCGGCUCUACCUCUCUCACCUCAGCAGAGGACAAAAGGGUACCCUGGGUUUCUCUUUACAAACUACUCCUCGGGGACAGAGUCCCACGGCCUCCCCAGAAGCAGGCUUCUGCUCUGGCCCUCUUGCAUCUGGGACUCCAGGCGGAUUUUUUCUGGCAGAAGAGCCCACGUGCACUUCCACAGUUUUAUUUGGAUAAAAUUCCCAUCUUACAUUCUGCAUAUUAAAAAAAUAAUAUUUCUGGCAUGA